AUGGCAACAAAAGCGACAAGAAAUGGAAAAAUAAUAUGUGGACUGUGCAAUGCAUUUAUCGAUGAAAUUCAAUAUCGAUCUCAUGUCGCAGAAUGUGGUAUGCUAGAUAAAGAUUAUGAAGUUCAACCGGCAUUGAAAGUUUGUGCUUUGUGUGGAAAAGAAGUCAAAGAUUUGACUCAGCACUAUGGAAUAUGUACGGGUGGAAAUAAUCCGACCAACAACAAAUAUGAAAAUCGACAGCAGCCAACAAUUACACCAAUUCGUCAACAAACAACACCUUACGUUUCAAAUCAAACAAAUACUAAAGAAUGUGUUAUAUGUUUCGAAAUGAUCGCUGAGAAUGUUUACGCAGAUCACUUAGAUCGAUGUGGUACAAGAUCACCAAAGAGAUUUACAAAUUCGAAGAAAACUAAAGAAUGCAUUAUAUGUUCCGAAAUGAUCGCUGAGGAUGUUUACGCAGAUCACGUAGACCGAUGUGGUACAAGGUCACCAGUGAGAUCUACAAAUUCGAAAAGAACUAAAGAAUAUGCAUGCAUCUCUGGAUCGUCUUCAAGUUCAAAAUCGAAACCAACAAUUAGAUCAAAACAAAUCUCAUGUUUUACAUGCUCAUCCGCAGUAGAUCUUUCGAAAGGUUCAAGUCAUACUCUUCCAUGUCGAUUACAUCAUAUGUAUUGUCUUAAAUGUCUUCAACACUCGAUGAAUGAAUAUAUUCAAUCCAAUACUGUUCCUGUUUGUCAUUCGACUCUCUGUGAUUAUGAACUUUCUCGAUAUGAUGUGGCAUGCUUACCACUCGAAGCAGAUACAAUUAAGCGUUUACUAACUUGUGUCAAAAGUACUCAGCGUGCUCAAUGUCCUUUAUGUGUCUUCUAUGUUGAUUUUAAUACCAUGAACGAUUUUCAAAAACAUGUAGCUUCAUGUAAUUCAGAGAAUAUGAUUCCUUGCGAAUAUUGUCAUUGUCUAUAUAAUAUUCAUCGAUUGGAUGAUCAUUCACGACAAUGUCGGAAUCUUCCUUCCUCUCAACAACAACAAGCAUUAAUCGAUUUUAUCUUACCUCGAACUAAAUAUCCACUAACAGCACAACAGAUUCGUGUCUUUAUCGAAAAUAGAAAGAAGACUCAUUUGUCACUCGAUCCACAUUCAAUCGUUGAAACACUAGCUGAGUUUGGUGAUACCUUUCCGUUUGAAAUUCCGACUCGUGAUUGUGACGUAUGUAUGGAAACAUGUGUUUACGAUGAUAUUUUUGUUUUUGGUUGCGAAGAAAGUCAUAAAUUAUGCUAUGGAUGCUUUGAAAAUUCAUGUACAACAAAGAUGACCAAUAAUGAAAUACUUACAUGUGGACUGUGUGCUUAUGAAUUGCAUGAAGGUGAAAUCAAACAAUUGCGAGUAGCAGAUAAUCGAAAGAAACAAUUUCUGGAUUAUCAAAUUCAGAAGACAUUCAAUACUUAUGUUGGUGGCACUCAAGGAGUAAUUAGAUGUCCAAAUCAAACAUGCAAAUGGGUAGCUGAGGCAAGGGAUCCUAAUGAUCGUUUUCGAGUGCAAUGUCCUAUGUGUGGUAAUGAGUUUUGCUCACUUUGUAAUCAGCAAUAUCAUUUUCGAACAACAUGUCAACAACUUCCAGAAAUUACACAACGUUGGUUUUUUUGGUGUAAUACAGAACGCGGUAACUAUUGGCAAGCUCGAGCACAACAAGAUGCGAACUUUAGGGCACAGUUAGAAGAUUAUGAACGACAAAAAGCUGCUAAUAUCCAACGAAAUCAAGAACUAGCUCAACGUUACAAUGACCUAUUGGCUGAUGAAAAUUAUAAAGCUCAAAAUUGUCGUCUCUGUCCACAUUGUCGACGAGUUGUACAGCAUCUAAGUGGGUGCGAUCUAAUGGUAUGUGGUCGAAACUAUCAUGGUGGUGAUCAACAGUCUGGUUGUGGCAACGGUUUUAAUUGGUCUCAAGCUCUUCCUUAUACACCUAUUGGCAAUACAGGUCCACAGCAAGUUGCAAAUAAUUUACCUUCUCCUGAACAACAAAAACUUGUAGUGCAUGAAGGCGUUCAAUGUGAUGCUUGUCACAAUGUAGUUCAAGGUAUUCGAUUUGAUUGUGUUCAUUGUGCUUCAUUAACAUUCUGUGAAAAGUGUGAACAACGUUCUACUCUAGAACAUUCAAAUGAAAUACGCAAUCAACAAAAACCACAGCAUGUUUUUCAACUGAUAGCACGAUCACUCAAUGGAAACAAUGGACAAUAA